UUGUUUAGCACCACACACACACCGCUGGAAACUUCUGAGCGACUCAUGCCAGCGAGUCGCCCGCAUCCAUCGCUGCGUGGGCAACGGGAUCAGUCGAGGCUUUUUUUAGCAGACGCGACAAAAUGCCAUCCUACCCCCUGAGCCAGUUCGCUGACCUGGAGGAGAUGAUGUGCAAGCAGUUACUGAGUCUCAACCUGCGGGAGCAGAAUGCACUGCUGCCGUCUCUCAGUCUGGAAAUGAGGACACCAGGCUUUGUUGGUCAGCCACGCAACCACGGCUCCUUCUCCUUUUCUCUCUCCUCCCUCCCUUACCUCCCCACCGAUCCUUCAGAUACUGCAUUACUGUCUUCCGGCCAGUGGGGGCAGCAGUCAGAAAGCCCACUGUCCCCCCAGCUCCCUAAUUCUGCCCAGUGGGGAAAGGCAGGCUUCUCGGUCCAGCGGUCUGUCAGUAUGGUGGAGACAGGCAGCACCACAGCUGCAAAUCUGGGCUGGCCCGGGACUGAAAUAAAGCAUUCCAAAAGUGACACCUGCCCCACUCCGCUGAGCACCAGCUCCUUCCUGCCCUCCUCUUCCUCCUCCAACUCCUCUCUCUUCUCCUCCACCUCCUCAGCGUCUGCCUCGUCUUCCUCAUCGCGCUAUAAGACUGAACUAUGCCGUUCGUUUGCAGAGAACAGCAUCUGCAAAUAUGGGGGCAAGUGCCAGUUUGCCCAUGGGGCUGAAGAGCUGCGGGAUUUAAACAGACACCCCAAGUAUAAGACGGAGCCGUGUCGCACGUUUCACACUAUCGGCUUCUGCCCCUAUGGGAUCCGCUGCCACUUUGUGCAUAACAGUGAGGAAGAUCAGAAACACUCCUUCUCUCGGUCCUCCUCCUCCUCAUCCUCCUCUUCCUCCUGUGCCCCCUCACAGCCCCCGUCCUCACGCUCCCGCAGGCCCCCCCUUCUCAGACAGAGCUUCAGUUUUGCUGGCUUUCCUUCUGCUCCCCAGCAAGCCCUUCAGCCCAACCUUCCUCCUCCUCCUCCUGCAUCUUCCUUUGCUCGUGCUCCCUCUGCCUCUCCUCCCUCCUGCGCUGACAUCACCGAUCUCCUCUCUCACACUUUCCUGGAGAUGGACUCUGCCUUCGAGGCAUCCCCAGCCCACCAGUACCAACCCCCCGUGGCUCCGACCUCAUCAGCUGAUGCCCGGCCUCAGUUCCUGCCCUCACCCGACUCAGGCUGUUCCCUGUGCGGGCCGUCCCCGACGGCUUCUCCAUCCCUGAGGCAGAGUCCCGGUGCCACCGGGGGCUUUGCUGGGCCUCUAGGCACCCGCUCCCUGUCCUACACCUCUCUGUCAGACCCGGACCAGGACGGAAGCAGUGGAAGCUCAGCCAGCUCGCUCAGCGGCUCGGAAACCUGCAGCGGCAUUAACGAGGGCACCGGCAGACGCCUGGCUGUGUUCAGCCAGUUCUCCGUCUCUGAGGACGCUACUAGCUUCUACCUGUAGGGUGCCAUGUGCUGGAACACAUGCACACACACACACUCUCACACACAUUCUAAUCCAACACAUAUAUACACACACAUAAAUCACACACACACACACACGUACAAACGCAUUUUCAGUCUCUGGCACACAAGCACUGGACUCACAGCAAACACUGUGUGUGUUUGUGUGUGUGUGUGUGUGUGUGUGUGUGUGUUGCAAAGAAAACAAAAUGUGCUAUUGCAUGUACCAACUGACUCAACCCAAAAGCAGAUUGCACCCUUAGAGAUUCACCUGUUGAUUUCCUGUGGUUAAAAUCUCACACUUCUGCAUGCAAUAAAAUCUGCGACAGUGGCGCUGAUACUAAAAUGUGCGUAGCCAACAAAGAUAGUAGAGUAGAUUAGACUUAUUAAGACAGUGAUUUUAGUAAGGCUGUGGAGGUUUCAGAAGAUGAUGUUGUAGGUUAAGAUGCCUUGUCAAGACAAAGAUAGUAAAACAAAGAUGUUGUAAUCACAGUGUGAUUGGCCUUAAUUGUGAUUGGCCUGUAGUUAAAUCUAGCCAAACGAUUCCCAUUUCCUUUUACUAUUGUCUUCUCAAUCUGAAGAAUGUGAUAAAGCCAAAGACAUAUCUGUCCCAAGCCCAUAGCCUUUUUUUAUGGUGGGACAAACACACUGUGACUUUUCUAACUUUGGGAAUAUUGUCGUUGCAUUAACUUCACAGUAUUGUUUAUAAACUGGUGAAACUGUUUUCCUCGUAACUGUACAGUAUAAGGGGCUGUUUAUUUGACUGGCCUCAGAUUAGCAGGCCUUGAAACCUGAAUGUUAAGUUUUUCAAUGACUGAAGUGCCUGUGGCGUUACUCAGCAGGUCAUGUUACACUGUUGAGGUGAGAUCUGCUGGUUAGGAGGGAGACGGCUGAGGGGUAUACAAGUCCUUUUCAGCAGUGGAAGCUAGUACAAAUAAGAGAUGUGCUCUUUUAGAUCUGUUUUGCUGGUAGAUGUUCAUAAGUGUUACUCAUCUGCUUCUGUCCCAUGAGUGACUGAUGCCUCAGAUUUGCCUCACAGACUUGUAGGGGUUAUAUUGGAAGGAUUUCAAACAGCAAAGGUCACAUAGGAUUGAUUAUAUAUUAUUUAAUGUUGCAUUCAUGUCAUGUUGGAUUUAUUGGAAAUAUUGUGGGAGGAAAUGGGGAGGGGUGGUCAUCCUCAUCAAGCUCAUGGUGGUGGUUUUUUUAAGUAGGACAUGGGAAGUUUUUGGGUCGGGAGCUCCAGUGACCCCUGCUGCUGCGGUUCAGUUUGCAGAACUCAAAACAAAGUGCCUUCCCACUCUUGUGCAUCUUCUUCCAUGACAUGAAUGCAGCAUAGGUUGCAAAGUAGAAACAAAAAGAAUCAAGCCAAGUGAAUGUUUUUUUGUUGUCUUUUGAAGUCCUGUUUUUAUUCUUGGCUUUGUUUCCCAGAAGCCACUUGAUGCUUACUGUUUGUCCCUAUUAAGUGGCCUUAAACACAGACAUUCAGGGAUGUGAUUACUUUGGGCACACACUGCCAUUCAGUUUCUGAUGAAUAUUCAUGUUUUGACACACUCAUCUCUACACACGCGCGCCUUCUCCCUCACUAUCACUUCCUGCUGUUAAUUUAUACUGUUAUGAAUGUAUGGUGCUAUGAUCACAUCUCUAAACUGUAUGUCUAGGAUUGUUCCCUUACUGAGCUACAGCCAGCUUAUUGUAGUGUUAAAGUAAUGUACCCUAGUAGUGUUUCAGACAUGUUGACUUAGCUGUGUUUGCGUGUUUCUGAUGUUAGUAGUUGGUUAGAAGAACAGACACUGUACUGUUAACGCUCUAUUUAAAAUGGCCAUUCGAUCAACAUGUUUGAGGCCUGUUUAGUGUUUAGUAAGUUAAUUUCUUUAAUUUAUUUUAACGUAUUUAUAGAGGACUUUGAGUUGUUGUUUGUAUCAAGUUUAAUAUAUUUGGGAUUUUCUUUUGUUUUUGUACUGGAAAUAAAGUUUUUUUUGUUUUUUUUUUUUGUUUAUUUUUAACCAAUUGAUUUGUUAUGGUGAUGUUCUUAACCUUUUCAAGAGUGGGAUUUUAGAACACAUGUAAAGCCCAUACAGGCAUGUUGUUUGACAGAAGAAAAACAAAAACAGCUACAAGCUUAGGGGAAUACCCCCGUAUUUGGGGCAAAAUACCUUUUUCCGAUUUACCCAGACUGAGACAAAACUUUCGAUACCAUUUUCACCUCUGUACAUCCAGCGGUUCUGUCCCUAUGGGUAGAAAUUCAUGUUAGCUUAGCAUAAAGACUUGAAGUCUAUGGGAGUCAUUAGCGGAUCUCCGUCAAAGUUAAAAAGUAAACCUUACAGCAAUUCCAAAGCUAUCUUAUGUACAUGAUGUAUUGUGUAUUUGAAGUGCAUGUCUUUGAAUUAGUUAUGAAUGAAUUAAUCUUUUUUUUUGGCAUUGCUGGGAGUUUUUUUUUUUUUUUUUUUACUUUGACGGAUAAUUUUGCACCGUAGAACGUGCACCAUGUGAACACAUUUGUGAGGGUACAUGCCAGUUUUGGAACGCAGGUGCAAGAAGGGAGGAAACAAGCAGGAAACCAUGAACUGUCACUACUGGUUUUCACUCUUACUCAAAUUCCCUAUUGGACUGUUAAUAUUGAGAAAGUGCAAGUGCAUGACCACACCGUCUGGUUUUACUUUCAAAAUGAGGUGAACAUUUCUACCAGUUCAUCUGUUUUUAAAAUGGAGGUGUUGGGGUGAGCAGUGGGUAAGGUCAGGGCAGAGAUGAGAGAAUACUUCACUUUGCUGUGGAGCAAUACAGAAGCUGGAUGCCUGGGAAAAUCUUUAUUUUGGUUCACACAAGAUGACUCAUGAUCCUUCACCCUCCUAGCUUUUUGUGUUUUUGAGGAAGGCAGCAGGGGCAUGCACAGGCUCUGAUUUGGGCAAAGAGCACUUCCUCGGAAAUUAGUGUAGUCUGGCUUGUUCCUCACAAAGAAACUUUCCAAAAAAAAAAAAAAAAAACCCUGGCAA